AUGUCCGACCAAAUCCAAGAGUUCAUGGAAAUCCCUCGGGACUUCGUCAAGGACGGAACGCAAUUCAUCAACAAAUGCACGAAGCCUGAUCGUAGAGAAUUCAUCAAGAUCUCGCAAGCUGUCGGUGUUGGGUUUCUCGUCAUGGGCGCCGUGGGUUACUUGGUCAAGCUCAUUCACAUCCCAGUCAACAAUAUCCUAGUAGGUGGAGCAUAG